GACGUCGACUGUUUUUGUAAACGCUUCGCAACCAGAUUCAUUAUAUUGCAUUUUUAGGUGCUAGUGCGAAGAGGGUAUAAACAGCGUACUUACAAAUUCGAUAUCGAUGUUUUCCCAUCCUUGCUUCGUGGUGACUGUUUUUUAAUGUACACACGCUAGCUAAAAGAACAUUUUGUUUUCGUCGGUGUUUCGGUGAGAAAAAAGGCUUUUAUUUACAUUUUACUCUUGAAUCUUCGCACUCGAGAGCCAUGGAGACGCUCCUGGAGCAACAGCGGCGCUACCAUGAGGAGCGCGAACGCUUGGUCAAGCUUAUGGUGGAUGAGCAUGCGACCAAAAAGCCGGGUGAAAAGGAGCGGAUCCACUCGGAGCACAGGCUAAAGUACCUCAUGGAACUCCACCACAACGCGACGUCGCAGCUGCGCGACCUGUACGAGGACAAGGACAACGAGCGAAAGGCGGAGAUCGCCGCUCUCUCGGGACCCAACGAAUUCAACGAAUUCUAUGCCCGCCUCAAGCAAAUCAAGCAAUUUUACAAAUCCCAUCCGGCGGAGGUCAGUGUCCCGCUAUCCGUCGAGUUUGACGAGAUGAUCCGGGUGUACAACAACCCAGACGACAUGAGCGCUCUGGUGGAGUUCACGGACGAGGAAGGAGGCGGACGGUAUCUGGACCUCAACGAGUGCUACGAGCUCUAUCUAAACCUGCGGGCGGUGGAGAAGCUCGACUAUAUCACUUACCUGAUGUCCUUUGACCACGUCUUCGACAUACCGCGUGAGCGAAAAAACCGAGAGUACCGAAAGUACAUAGAGACCCUCAAUGAUUAUCUGCACCACUUUAUUCUGCGUAUCCAGCCCCUGCUCGAUUUGGACGGUGAGCUUCUAAAGGUGGAGCUCGACUUCCAGCGCCAGUGGCUUCUGGGUACAUUCCCCGGCUUCUCGCUUAAGGAGACGGAGUCGGCGCUGGCCAAUACAGGCGCCCACCUCGAUCUCUCUGCUUUCUCGAGCUGGGAAGAGUUGGCAUCACUGGGACUAGAUCGUCUAAAGUCCGCUUUGGUCGCUUUGGGUCUGAAGUGCGGCGGCACCUUGGAGGAGCGCGCCCAACGGCUGUUUUCCACCAAGGGGAAGAGCACUUUGGAUCCCGCCUUGAUGGCAAAGAAGCCCAGCGCCAAGUCCGCCAGUGCGCAGUCUCGUGAGCACGAGCGCCACAAGGAGAUCGCUCAACUGGAGGCGCUGCUUUACAAGUAUGCGGAGCUUCUCUCCGAGCAGCGAGCGGCCACCAAGGAGAAUGUACAGCGAAAACAGGCUCGAACCGGUGGCGAGCGAGACGACAGCGACGUGGAGGCCAGCGAGUCGGAUAACGAUGACGACCCCGAUGCGGACGACGUGCCGUACAAUCCCAAGAACCUGCCGCUCGGCUGGGACGGGAAACCCAUACCUUAUUGGUUGUAUAAGCUUCAUGGCCUGAACAUAAGCUACAACUGCGAGAUCUGCGGCAACUUCACCUACAAGGGCCCCAAGGCCUUCCAACGGCACUUCGCGGAAUGGCGCCACGCGCACGGCAUGCGCUGUCUUGGCAUUCCCAACACCGCCCACUUCGCCAAUGUCACCCAGAUCGAGGACGCGAUCACGCUGUGGGAGAAGCUGAAAUCGCAGAAGCAGAGCGAGCGCUGGAUAGCCGACCAGGAGGAGGAGUUCGAGGAUUCGUUGGGCAACGUCGUUAACCGGAAAACGUUUGAGGAUUUAAAGCGCCAGGGACUGCUCUAAGGAGUUGAUUUAUAUGUCGCUGAAAGACUGGUCAAUCGUAUGCGGUGAAUAGUAAUCUUGAUGAUUCGAAUUAGUUUUGUUUUAAAGAUUUGCAGCCCAGAAAGAACACCGAAAAUAUUCUAAGAUUACCAAACUAUUCCUCUUGAUAUUUAACGACCUUUAAAGUUUUUAUUAUUUAAAAAAGCUAAUGUCUUGUAAACUAUUCGACUUAACACAUAAUCAACUAUAAACUUCAAACUUUAAAUCAGCCAAGGA